AUGGAUGCUUAUGACAGCAGUGCCGUCGUGAGGCGGACGCCGAAGGAUGCGGAAAGUUCGAUCGGAUGUAUCACCACUAGGUCAACAGCAUGGUCGAUCGAUGAUGUUGGCGGUGCCUAUUGCGACGAUGGCGCAUUGGGGGUUGACGAGGCCUCGGUAUUCCUUCCCGAUGAAUGCGUCGAAAAUCACGUCACUCAGCUGGUGAAUGAAUUUGGCCGUAUGGGUUACGACUAUUGCGGAGAGGCGAUGCCGACAUUGUCUAACCCGUCGCACUGCACAUUUCACCGCGUGAGAUCAGCCAUGGGGCAUCCAUGCUUCGCCAAAGUCGUGGACCUGCACACCGGUAGCGCAUGGCAGAGCAACCACCAUGCAGUUGAAGGUGCGAUAAUUGCGGAGUACCUAUCAUGUUGUGGUGUUCCAGAUGACCAACCUGCCGAGGCGUAUAAGGAGUCGUGCGGUACAAGACCGCAUGCUUCAUGCACAACAGUGGAGCCGACCUCGGACGAUGGGUCUGAAACUUUUUCGCCAUCGGAAAUUAGGGAUGGAUGCGCCACAUUAGUUACGGCAAACGUGGACAGUGCUCAAGCAGACGACGGACAAAAUACGCAAUUGGGAAUAUUCGCUGGCUGUACAUUGGGAAAGGAGCAUAUAGUCAGCCAAUACGACUGGUUAGUAACCGAUGACCAAAAGUUGAUUAUGGUUUAUGAAAAUUGUGACGGCGGAGACCUGCAUACCCUGAUCGCAAAGGCCCGCAGCAACGGACCUGUACAUUUCGAUGAGUCAUUCAUCGAGGAUGUUUUUACUCAAAUAUGUAUGGGAGUGGAAUAUUUCCACUCUAAAAAUAUCGUACAUGGGGAUAUCAAAGCUUCUAAUGUACUUUUUAAAGGCGACCGCAGGCCUGUCGUCAAAGUGGGGGAUUAUGAUACGUGCCACGUAGCGGGAGUGCGUGUGUCUUAUACUGGGACGCUCAUGUACACGGCACCGGAAUUAAUUGCAAACCCGCAUGCUUCCACGAGCUUCGAAAGUGAUGUGUGGGCACUUGGGUGUCUGUUAUACGAAUUGCUGACACUCACCCACCCUUUCGCCAGCCCAUGCACCGUGCAAUCGAUGAAGGAAACAUUUAGAGACUUCGAAGCGCACAUAUCGGAGCUCAUAGCAAGUGUUCCGAACACGUAUUCGCUUGUGAUGCGAGAUAUCCUGGUUGCAAUACUCGAUGUAAAUCCAACGAAGCGUCCCACUGUCGGAGAGUUAAUUUCCAUCUUGUGCCGCGAGAAGCCAUAG